GGAAGUUAAAAUGGAUUUGUGUAAAAUUUAGCAGAGCUGCGAGAGGCAACAUCACUCUCCUACUGAUCUGUUCCUCCAGGUCUCUCUGCAAUAACAGCACGGAAAGGUUGUUUAAUUACAGUGACGUAUCUUGAAGACACACAGCUGAAAAGGCGAUAAAAACAAUGGCACUGAGUGUACCAUGAAGUUUGAGUUGAUUACAUCAAUGAAACACUGCAUUCAACUUUGACAUCCAGCUGUCAUGGAAACCAAGGCAAAUGGUUCGAUGGAAACCAAAAGCGCGGUGGAGAACGGGCAGCUCCCCGACCCCGCACACUGGGCUGUAGCCGAUGUUGUCAAUUAUUUUAAAGCUACUGGAUUUGAAGAGCAAGCCAAUGCUUUCCAGGAUCAGGAAAUUGAUGGCAAGUCUCUAUUGUUAAUGACUCGUAACGAUGUUCUAACUGGACUCUCGAUAAAACUGGGUCCGGCUUUGAAGAUUUAUGAGUACCACGUGAAGCCGCUUCAGACCCAGCAUUUAAAAAGCAAUGCCUCAUAGCACUCUGGAUGGGCCGUUGCCUUGGAAGACAAUCAUGCCAUGGAACAGCAGGGUAACUGCAGACUGAAGACAAGGCCAUGUCCUCAUGUAUGUUUUAUGCAUCCUUAUGGACAAAUACACCCACAAAAACAACUUUAAUGUGAAUUUCUCCUAAAUUGGUUCUACAGGUACAACUUUUUUUUGGCGUGUGGCUGGAGAGUUAUGACUAAAGUUUGUUUAAAAAAAGAGAAAAAACAUGACCAUUUGCAAACAUGUAAAUAGGUCAUAAUAUUCAGUUUUGUUUGCAGUUUAAAAUAUAUAUGUAAAAUAUUGUGUGAAAGUAUUUGGCACUAAGACGCUAAACACUAUUGUGUUAUUUUGCUAGAUGUAACUUGAAUUUUCAGAGGUUUUAUGGUGAAUGAGCUUAUUGCAUUAUUGGUCUGUAUAUAAAAAGUGACUAACAGAGUUGCUGAUUUAUUAUUUUGUUGGUGCUUGCUUUCUUUUCUUCUUAAAGGUAUUCAAGUCUUUAAUGGUUCUAAACAAAUUACAGCACACACGAUUGUGUUUGGCUGUGAAAACUAACCAUGCUGCAGCUUUUUUUUUUUUUUAACUAUACAUUUAACUGAGGACUUUUAGGCAGUGUAUUAGUCUCUAGUGUCUAAUUAAAACCAGGUUUUUUGUGUUUAGCUGGGUUAUUGCAUUUACAGAUACAGCUUACUAAUUAAUUUUGACAUGAGGAUCAGGAAGUAAUUGUUUUUAACCAAUAGUCUCUGAAUCUGUACUUUGACACACCUCGAUGUGGCAUUUCUGACACCAGUGGCCAACCAGUUGUUUGUUUUUACAAAAUGUCUUUUUAACAUCAGAGUUUAAAAAAUCUUGCAAUAGAGGAUUCACUGAAUGUCAGCUGUUUGCAAUAAAUUCAUAAAAAUUUAAAUAAAUAAUUUAACCUUUUAUCCUAGUUAUCAUUCCAGUCAUAAAGUAAGGGAUCACAACCCUGAAUACUACUAAUUUACAAACUUCAUAUGCAAGCUCCAUGAUUAGAUAAAUGAUUUUGUGCAUCAUUUUAUUUAGCUUGUUUUGGGAAUUAAUUCAGCUGUUUUUUUUUUUCCCAACACCAUUUGCAUCUGCAAUAAUAUUGCAUUAUAUAUGGGAUGAGAGAAAUCUAUACAACAUUUAAUAAUUUGUUCUCUUUACCAGAUUUGUUUUAACAAUCUAAUUUCUUUCAAAUCUUUUGAUAUUAUUAAAUAACAAAAAAUAAACACACGCACACAAAUUUAAUAUACACCAAACCCUGCACAAAAAUGUGUAAUGUAUAUGUAUACAUGUUCCCAUUCAAUUUAUUUAUUAAAUUUCUUAUUUAUUAAAUGUGAUUAAUAUUUGUUGCAUCGAUUGCAUUCAGAGCCACAUUGACCAAUUCAGGUCUUUU